UUGUACAGACGAUCAAAGGCGAGUGUAAAAGAAUACACAGUUCGUCUAUGCAGUAAGACGUAGUUAGUUAAUUAUAAACGUUUGUAAUAAUAAUUUAAAAUACGUAUAUUGAUGUGUGUUAAUAAGUUAAAUAAAAUUAAUAGUAGUGAAUCAAAGAAAAAAGUCUUAUUACUUUAAAAUACAAAUCACCUCAUCUUAUAUCUCAGACGCUAACCACGUUUUCAACAGGCAACUAGGCAAGUUGCUACAAAGUAUAAGUAUCGGAGAGAUUUGUAGCUGCCUGCUGUACUACAUGGCCAGGAUCGUCAAUUAAAGAUAUAUCUUUGAUCGUGUUAUCAUGGCGCACGUGCAUCGAUUGUAUGAUAGCAUGAUAAAUUCUGUGGUGAUACAAUGAUAGUGAUAAUGAUGAAUGAUAAUUGACUAAAACAUGACAAGUGUUGAUUGUUGAAGUGUGAGAUUUUAAUUUUUAGUAAUCUGAGAAGUGAGGAGGCGGACCCGGCUUCAACGCUUUCAACUUUUCAAGUUAACCAAUUUUUAUGAUCAAUAUUGAUCAUGCAUAUAUGUGAUAUAUGUAACAAUGGUUUUAGUCUCAGAAAAAAUUUAAAAAGGCACAUGGAGAAUGUACAUAAGACAACUUUAGCUUCUACUUCAAAGCAUAGCAUUGCUACCUCUACUACCUCUAAAGAAUCCAAACACAAAUGUCCUUUAUGUCAACUUGCAUUUGUUGAAAGAAGUUCACUUAGACGACAUGAACGGAUAAAACAUAAAGUCAACAUCACGGCUCCCUUAAGAAUCAAAAAAUCUAAUAAUUGCAUAACAUUUGAGCCCAGCAAUUUAGAAGAUUAUCCAUUACUGAAGAAAUUAGUACCUGUAGAUUAUGUUUACAAAGUGAUAUGCAUACAACAUUUUGAAAAUGACGGUUUGAGAUCAACAUUUGAGAUUGCUGAUUGUGCUGUGGAUGUAUUUUUUGUGUGGUUUUCAGAAUUAGAACAAAAAUCUAAGGUUACCUACAGAGUUAAAUCGUUCACUAAGUCACCAAGCUCAAAAAUUAUAUUUAAUAAAGUAUAUAGAUGUAUUCAUAAUACAUUUCCCAAUAAGUAUCGAAACCCUCAUCCAAAGCACACAGGAUGCCUAGCCACAUUAACUGUAAGAAUAAAAAAAUGCAGUGAAGCUUUAUCUGUUAAAAAUACAAUGGCUGAUAAUAAUGUAAUAAUGAUCCCUCUUAAAGCAAUUGUGACACUCUAUCAUCAUCAUAACCAUAUGCUGGUAGAAAAUGAGAAACUAAAAAAAAUACAAAAAAUACAGUGUGAAGAUACUUCCAUGAAGAUUCACGCAGCAGAAAACAAAUUAAAUAAAAUACAUUUUGAUAAGUGUAACAGUCCACAGCAAAAUACAACAUUAAGUAAUUCUCAAGUAUUUAUCAAAAGUAAUAAAAUCAAUACUUGUACAAUGGAACCGGUUAAAAAGCUUGUAAUUGAUGAUAAUGAAAUAAUAGAGUCUAUUGAAAAUGAUAAUUUUGAAUCUUCUGAAGAAUAUGAUAAAUACAUUUUAGUUGAAAAUGUACAUACACAAAAUUUGUUACGUGAUAAUAAUGAGAGUGAAUUAGACCAAUUAAUGUCUGAUUAUGAUACAGUUACUAAAAGAAUUUUGCAACAAUUUGCAUCAAACCCUGAUUAUUUUAAGUCUGCAAUUAAACGCUACACUUUAUUAAUGAAAAAUAGUUUGACUUCUAAAGAGUCUUUAUUAAAUACAUUGCAUUCAUUUGGAGAACAAUUGAAAGAAAAAACUGAAUAAUAUUCAAAUGUUCAAAUUGUUUGAAAAAUGUUAAUAUUGUGGACCAUUGUGGUCUAUAUUUAUGGAUCAAUUUAAUUUUAUAAGAUUUAUUGAAAAAGAAACAAACAUAAUAUGUUGCGUUUAGGAUUGGUAUGGUCAUAUCGUAUGUACCAAAUAACCAAAUAGACGUUUCAAUUUAAAUGAAUGCUGUGUUAUACUGACACAGCAGCCGACUGCUGAGCGAUCACCGUUUUAAAAUAAUUGUAUACAUCGAUUUUGGCGCGAAAGGCGACAGUGGAUAAAAAAAAACGCGGUAAUAUCAUGUUGGCAACGAUGCACACACGGACGUCACCCAAUC